CUCGCGGGUCGCCGCCCCUGGCUUUAAGGCAGGGAGGCGGGCAGGGGCCCCUCCUCAUCGCUGGAGAGGAAGCCUGCGUUCGUCCCCGCUCGCAGCCAUGGCCCUGCUCAGAGGUGUGUUCAUCGUUGCCGCUAAGCGAACCCCUUUCGGAGCGUACGGAGGUCUUCUGAAGGACUUCACGGCUACCGACCUGACUGAAUUUGCUGCCAAGGCUGCUUUGUCUGCAGGCAAGGUCUCACCUGAGACCAUUGACAGUGUCAUUGUAGGCAAUGUCAUCCAGAGUUCUUCGGAUGCUGCAUAUUUGGCCCGGCACGUUGGUUUGCGGGUGGGAGUCCCAAAAGAGGUCCCAGCUCUCACUGUUAACAGACUCUGUGGCUCUGGUUUCCAGUCCAUCGUGAGUGGAUGUCAGGAAAUUUGUGUUAAAGAGGCCGAAGUUGUCUUAUGUGGAGGAUCUGAAAGCAUGAGCCAGUCUCCCUACUGUGUCAGAAACGUGCGCUUUGGAACCAAGUUUGGAUCAGACCUCAAGCUGGAAGAUGCUUUGUGGUCAGGAUUAACAGAUGAGCACAUCCGGCUCCCCAUGGGGAUCACCGCAGAGAAUCUUGCUGCAGAACAUAACAUAAGCAGAGAAGACUGCGACAAGUACGCCCUGCAGUCCCAGCAGAGGUGGAAAGCUGCUAACGAUGCUGGCUACUUUAAUAAUGAGAUGGCACCCAUUGAGGUGAAAACGAAGAAGGGGAAACAGACAAUGCAGGUAGACGAGCACGCCCGGCCCCAGACGACCCUGGAGCAGUUAACUAAACUCCCCCCAGUAUUCAAGAAGGAGGGAACCGUGACCGCGGGCAAUGCCUCGGGGGUAUCCGAUGGUGCUGGAGCUGUUAUCAUAGCUAGUGAAGAUGCUGUUAAAAAACAUAACUUCACACCACUGGCAAGAAUUGUGGGCUAUUUCGUGUCUGGAUGUGAUCCCUCCAUCAUGGGUAUUGGUCCCGUCCCUGCUAUCAGUGGGGCACUGAAGAAAACAGGACGGAGUCUUAAGGACAUGGAUUUGGUAGAGGUGAAUGAAGCUUUUGCUCCUCAGUACUUAGCAGUCGAGAAGAGUUUGGGUCUUGACCCAAGUAAGACCAACGUGAAUGGUGGAGCCAUCGCUCUGGGUCAUCCCCUGGGAGGAUCUGGAUCGAGAAUUAUGGCACAUCUGGUUCAUGAAUUAAGGCGUCGGGGCGGGAAAUACGCUGUUGGGUCAGCUUGCAUCGGCGGUGGCCAAGGCAUUGCCGUUAUCAUCGAGAGCACGGCCUGAGGGGCAGGGGACGGACGCAGCGAGGCCCCCUUGUACUGUCUGGGCCGGGCCACAGCAAAGCAGGGGAUCUUCGGAGCAGCUACGAAAUGAGACGUGCCCUCUACUGCAAGUGGCUGAGUGUGAUUAAGGGAUAAUGAGGCAAAGAUGUAUUUCUCAUGAAUAAAAUAAGUUCUCUCAAAUGCAUACAAAAUACGAUAUAUUUCUGCACAAAAGUCCAACUACAGAGGCCUUAAAAGAAAUUGUAUUCUCUUGCCAUGUAAUUACCACAAAUGCCUUAGAUAAUACGAUUGUAAGAAAAUGGAAUAAAUACUGCUCUAACUUCUGCUGA